AUGAAACAUUCAAUGAUUCAAUUGGAUGAUUUGCCUAAUGAAAUUCUUAGGAUGAUUUUAAAAAAUAUGCGUCAAGUUGAUGUACUCUAUUCUCUAAUAGAUGUUAAUGAACGAUUUAAUACAAUUGCACAUGAUCCAAUUUUUACUAAUCAUUUGACAUUACUGAAACAUUUAUCGGAUGGUUCCAUAUGUUCAUUAACUGAUUCAAUGCUUGAUCAAUUUUGUUCACAAAUUCUACCUAAAAUUAACCAUAAAAUCAAAUGUCUUCAUCUUGAAUCAUCAUCUAUGGAACAUAUUCUUCUAGCUACAAAUUAUCCUAGUUUAGAUGGACUUUCUUUACGUAAUAUUACCCUCAAAACAAUUAUACCCUACUUUUUGGACGAAAAUGCAUUAACUGAUCUAUUUAAAACUCAAAUUUUAUCACUUACUUUGAAUAUGCAUGUAAAUGAAAAGGAAAAUGGUGGAGAAUUUUUCAAUGCAAUCUUAUUUCAACGUAUUAUUAAAAUUUUCACCAGUCUACAAUAUUUGAAUUUUUGUCCAUCUUCUAUUUGGUAUUCAAGAGUAUCUUUGAAAGUUUUUACUGAGAAUUUAGCCUCUUCAACUCUCUUAGAAUUGCAUGUUACUGUAAACAAUUUCGAUGAUUGUCUUUUUUUACUUGAUGGACGUUUCAAUCAACUUCAUACAUUUUAUGUUAAUGUUACUGAUAUGCAAUCUUCACAGAAAACAAUCAAUAAUAUGGUAAAUAAUGUCAAUUAA